CCGCCAAUCAGCGCGGGGAGGCGGGGCGUGGGCAGGCCGCGGCUUUGUGCCCGAUGGAGUUCCCGGAGCACAGCCGGCAGCUGCUGCGGGGGCUGCGGGAGCAGCGCUCCCGGGGGAUCCUGUGCGACUGCACGGUGCUGGUGGGCACCGCGCCGUUCCCCGCGCACCGCGCCGUGCUGGCCGCCUGCAGCUCCUUCUUCCACCUGUGCUACGCCGAGCCGGGCGGCGCCGGCGGGGCGAGGGGCGCCGUGGUGGCCUUGAACAGCGACAUCGUCACGGCUCCGGCCUUCGCGCUGCUGCUCGAGUUCAUGUACGAGGGGCGGCUGGCGCUGGCGGCGCCGCUGGAGGACGUGCUGGCCGCCGCCAGCUACCUGCACAUGAACGACGUGGUCAAGCUGUGCAAGAAGAAGCUGCAGGCGAGGGGCCCGGCCGAGGCCGACAGCACCAAGCGGGAGGAAGAGGAGGAGGAGGAGGACGCCCCCAGCCCGCCCCCGCCGCAGCCCCCGCCCCACGGCCAAGGUCAGGACACCCGCCCGGGGUGCGGGGGAACGGCGGGUGACGGCCACCCCCCCGGCACCCACCGGGCAGCGGGGAAGCCCCUUCUCCUCAUUUCCCUCGGGGGUGCAGCGGGGCCACGUCCCCCCCGAUCCGCUCCCUGGGCGGGGGGGCUGCAGGUGCCAAGGGACCCCCCGCACCCGCGCGGGUGGCGAGGAAGGGGCUCCCCGGAGGGUCCCCCCUCCCCCCGGCGGUGGCAGCAUCCUCCUCAUCGUCCUCCUCCCCUCCGCGGUGCCCGGAGCGCGAUCCCGCUGCCGCCCCCUCCCCCGGCCCGAGCGGCGGGAUUUGGGGAGGGGGCGGCGCUGGGCCCGGCGCUGGGGGGGCUGCGGGAGCCGCUGUUCCUGGCGCCGCUGGAGCCCCGCGGGGGCUUCGGGCUGUUCGCCGAGGAGGCCCCGACGUGUCCGACGUGCGGCAAGACGUUCUCGUGCUCGUACACGCUGCGGCGCCACGCCACCGUGCACACCCGCGAGCGGCCCUACGAGUGCCGCCACUGCCUGCGCUCCUACACGCAGUCCGGGGACCUGUACCGGCACGUCCGCAAGGCCCACAGCCCCGGCGGGCCCGCCCGCGGGCCCCGCGACGGCGACAACCCGCCCUGA